CAAGAAGCCCGUCUCCUCCCUUGAUGUGCGGAUAAACACAGGCUGGAAGACAUUCAGUCAAUGCUUCAAUCUCAUUCCUUUAUACGUGAUUAUAUUAUUCUUUUCCGUGUUUGUUUUAUAGCGCACACAUUUUGAUAUUAUUAAUUUUGAGGUUAAUCGUUUGCAUUCAUUCAAAACCUGGCAAAUUCUUAUAAACACUUGUAGCUAGCUAGCUAGCGAGAUUGAAUGGAAGCAAAUAUCAACUUUAGAAAACAUGACUAGCAUGAGACAGAUAGAACAGUCAAACAGACGGCAGAUAAAUUAGAUUUGUAUCGUCCAAUGCUUUAGUUCCGUCUUGGUUCUUUGGCUGGACGAAGCCUUUUCAGGUGUAACUUGAAUGUCAUGGUUUCCUGGCGCCAUGUCUUGCAAAUCUAAAGUUGCUCCCAGCGUUGAUUUUGACCACAGCUGCUCUGACAGUGUUGAGUAUCUGACACUCAACUUUGGUCCUUUCGAGACUGUACAUCGCUGGAGGAGACUGCCACCAUGUGAUGAGUUUGUGGGUGCCAGGCGUAGUAAGCACACUGUUGUGGCAUACAGGGAUGCCAUAUAUGUCUUUGGAGGAGACAAUGGGAAGAACAUGCUUAAUGAUCUGCUGCGCUUUGAUGUGAAGGACUGCUCAUGGUGUCGGGCAUUUACUACUGGCACCCCACCAGCACCGAGAUAUCACCACUCAGCUGUUGUGUAUGGAAGCAGCAUGUUUGUUUUUGGUGGUUACACUGGAGACAUCUAUUCAAACUCUAACUUGAAAAAUAAAAAUGAUCUGUUUGAGUACAAGUUCGCCACCGGACAGUGGACGGAAUGGAAGGUGGAGGGACGCUUGGUUGCCAGAUCUGCCCACGGAGCCACGGUCUAUAAUGACAAACUCUGGAUCUUUGCUGGAUAUGAUGGAAAUGCCAGGCUGAAUGAUAUGUGGACCAUAAGUCUUCAGGACCGUGAGCAGGCGUGCUGGGAAGAGAUCGAACAAAGUGGUGAAAUUCCUCCCUCCUGCUGUAACUUCCCUGUAGCUGUAUGUCAGGAUAAGAUGUUUGUCUUCUCCGGCCAGAGUGGAGCCAAGAUCACCAACAACCUCUUCCAGUUUGAAUUCAAAGGACACAUGUGGACCCGUAUUCCAACUGAGCACUUGUUGCGUGGAUCCCCUCCACCCCCUCAGAGACGCUAUGGACACACAAUGGUGGCGUUUGACCGUCACCUGUAUGUGUUCGGAGGGGCGGCUGACAACACGCUGCCCAAUGAACUGCACUGCUAUGAUGUGGACUCGCAGACGUGGGAGGUCAUUCAGGCCAGCACGGACAGUGAGAUGCCCAGUGGGCGGCUGUUCCACGCCGCGGCUGUUAUCCAUGAUGCCAUGUACAUCUUCGGAGGAACGGUGGACAAUAAUGUUCGCAGUGGAGAAAUGUACCGAUUUCAGUUUUCUUGCUAUCCAAAAUGCACGCUUCAUGAAGACUAUGGGAAACUGUGGGAAAACCGUCAGUUCUGUGAUGUCGAGUUCAUCUUGGGGGAGCGAGAAGAAAAGGUUCUCGGUCACAUCGCCAUAGUAACAGCUCGCUGCAAGUGGCUCCGGAAGAAGAUCCUACAGGCGAGAGAUCGACAGAAACAGAGGAGUAAACAGGAAGGAAGUGAAGAGAGUGAGGAGUCCAGCUGUCAAAAGCAGAGCUCUGGGAGCAAAAGAUCCUCCAGAGGACCGCUGUUAUUAGAAGUGGCAAUCAGGGAGGCGGACGCUCAGCCGUUUGAGGUUUUGAUGCAGUUCCUGUACACAGACAAAAUACAGUAUCCACGCAGAGGGCACGUCCAGGAUGUGCUGUUGAUCAUGGACGUUUAUAAACUUGCUCUGAGCUUUAAACUGUCCAGGUUGGAGCAGCUCUGUGUUCAGUACAUUGAAGCAUCGGUUGACUUGCAGAACGUCUUGAGUGUGUGUGAAAAUGCAGACAAACUUCAGCUAGACCAGCUCAAGGAGCACUGUCUGAACUUCAUUGUAAAAGAGAGUCACUUUAACCAGGUGAUCAUGACUAAAGAGUUUGAACAUCUGUCCACUCCGUUGAUUGUGGAGAUAGUGAGACGCAAACAGCAGCCGCCACUCCGAGUUUAUUCGGAUCAGCCGGUGGAUAUAGGCACGUCUCUUGUGCAAGACAUGAAGGCCUGUCUGGAGGGGGCGGGGCAUGAGUUCUGUGACAUCAUCCUUUUGCUUGACGGUCAUCCGCGCCCUGCACACAAGGCCAUACUGGCUGCUCGCUCCAGUUAUUUUGAGGCCAUGUUCCGCUCCUUCAUGCCAGAGGACGGGCAGGUGAAUAUUUCAAUCGGAGAGAUGGUUCCCAGCACGCAGGCUUUUGAGUCGAUGCUGCGCUACAUCUAUUACGGGGACGUCAACAUGCCUCCAGAAGACUCGCUAUAUCUUUUCGCCGCACCUUAUUACUACGGUUUCUCCAACAACAGACUCCAGGCCUACUGCAAGCAGAACCUGGAGAUGAAUGUUACCGUAGAGAAUGUCUUACAGAUCUUGGAGGCCGCUGAUAAGACUCAAGCUCUGGAUAUGAAAAAACACUGCCUGCACAUAAUCGUCCAUCAGUUCACCAAGGUGUCCAAGCUUCCCAACCUGCGAUCGCUCAGCCAGCCGCUGCUGUUGGACAUCAUUGACUCACUGGCAUCCCACAUAUCAGACAAACAGUGCACUGAGAUGAGCUCUGAUAUAUAGCGUCUCCUGCCCCUUCCCGUCCUGUCCCAUCCCAUUCCUUCUUUUUCUGUCCACCACCCCCUCCGGUCCAUAUAAAGUUGCUACGCACCCCUCUGGGAUGAAAUUGCAUUCUCUGUGUGCUGCUUCAUAUUACCCUGGACUUUAUUUACAAAACUGUCUGUAUGGGAAUCACGCUGGAUGUUUGGACUUGCUAAAAAAUAUGAAUUUGUCCUUCAAACGUCAAAUCAAAAGGUCCUUUCAAUUUGACAUUAUUUUACAGAUUUUAUUUGCAAUUCCUUGUUCCACAUAAUUUACAAAAACAUGUACUAUUUCAAAACCACAAUAUCAAAAGAAAGUUUUUGCCUUACCCAUCUAAAUAGUCUUCGUUUUUUUUUAUCAAAAUGGAAUUCCUUUUAAUGUUUAUAAGACUUUGUGAGAUUUACAUAUUAAAAUCUUGGCUUACAGAUCAUGUAUUAGUGAACUACACAGUUGGUGAUGGAUCAUAUUUACUCUGUGAAUUCUGUUUUAUAUGAUAUACAGCACUUUAUGAACGUAGCAGUAUUUAUUCCUAAACCUUGUAGUGAUACUGUGUUCGCUAUUGUUACGCAGAGUGACGUCGGCGCUUGUGUGACGGUAAUAAUAUAUCAUGUCAAUAUUAGGAUUCAUGUAACCAUAAAGAUGAAGCAUUUGUUAUCUGUUGGCCCUGUGGGCACGAUGCCUUAAUAAACUGUGCAACAUCUG